AUGCCGACGGACUUCGGGUUUGAGACAGAGGGGCUUGCCGUCGCGGCUGCCUUCCCCUCCUCCAUCAAGGACCGCACCAUCCUCAUCACGGGCGUCAACAGGAAAGGCAUAGGCUUCACCACAGCCGAGUCGUUCGCCUCCCAGUCUCCAAAGGCCCUCAUCCUCGCCGGUCGCACGACGGAAAAGCUGCAAGAGUGCAUCGAUGAUCUCAAAUCCGUCUACCCGACCGUGGACUAUCGGCCCCUGAAAGUCGAUCUCUCCUCGCAGCAAUCCGUCCGCGCCGCCGCCAAGGAAGUCCUCUCCUGGACCGACAUCCCCACGAUCGACAUCGUCAUCAACAACGCCGGCAUCAUGAACAUCCCAACCCGCACCAUCACGGCCGACGGCGUCGAACUCACCAUGGCGACCAACCACGUCGGCCACUUCCUGCUGACGAACCUCAUCCUGCCCAAGGUCAUCGCCGCCGCCAAGACCUCUCCCAAGGGAACCGCCCGCAUCGUCAAUCUCGCAAGCGCGGGCGUUGCCGUCACGGGCGUGCGCUUCUCGGACCUCACCUACGAGAAACCAGCCUCGGCGAUGCCCAAACCGGACGAAUACCCCAACAUCGCAAUGAUGCAGGCGUUCGACCUGCCCGUCGACGACUCGACGACCUAUUUCCCCACGAUCGCCUACGGCGCGAGCAAGACCGCGGCGGUGCUCUUCAGCGUCGCGCUCAACGACAAGCUGUACGACCAGUACGGCAUCUUGAGCUUCGCCGUCAACCCGGGCGAGAUCCGCACCGAGCUGGGCAGGAAUACGGAGCCGCAGCUGUUGGCGACGAUGCUGGCCAAGGCCGAGGCGCACGGCAUGAAAUGGAAGACCCAGCAGCAGGGGUGUAGUACGAGUGUGAGGGCGGCGGUUGAUCCUUCUCUCGGCUUGCCCGCCGAAGAUGGCAUGGGUGCGUUCAUGUCGGAUUGCCAGCCCAAGCCCGCGCCAGGGUACGCGACGAAGAAGGAAUUGGCGAGGAAGUUAUGGGACGUCAGUGAAGCGUGGACUGGCGAGAAGUUUGAGUGGUAG